AGAAGAAGCUGCAGGUUCUGCAAAGAGAGCAUUCUGACCUUCAGAGAGACCAUUCAGACCUGCAGAGAAGAUACAGCAAUGUCACUGGUACUUGUGAGCUGCUGCACAAAUCCAAGACUGAACUGCAGAAGACUCUGGAGUCUCUUCAAAGACAACAUUCUAGUCUUCAGAGAGAACUUUCAGAUCUACGUAGAAACUACAGGAAUGUGACAGACAGCCAUCUUCUCACGCAGAGAUCCAACACUGAGCUACAGAAGAAGCUGCAGACUCUUCGAAGAGAGCACUCUGACCUUCAGAGAGACCAUUCAGACCUGCAGAGAAACUAUGGCAAUGUGACUGGAAGUUGUCAGCUUACGCAGAAAACCAAGACUGAGCUACAGAAGAAACUGGAGACACUACAAAGAGGACACUCUGACCUUCAGAGAGACCAUUCACUCCUAAAGAAAAACUACAGCAAUGUCACCAGAAGCUAUCGACUUACACAGAGCUCCAAGGAUGAGCUACAGAAAAAAGUGAAGAAUGAGGAGGCUGAAAACUCCAGACUGCAGAGUCUCUACACCAGCAUGAAGGCCAGUUAUCUCCCCAUAGAGAUGUGUUUCCCCAGUGACACCAACAAGACCGUCAGACGUGUGUUUUCUGAGUAUUCAAGAAAGGAAGGAGUUACCCACAUACCAGUGUGGAAGUGGAUUCGUGAGGCCUCAGUUGAUGUGACACUGGAUCCCAAUUCAGCGCAUCCUAGUCUCAUCCUGUCCGAGGAUGGGAAACAAGUGAGGAAGGGUGAUCGAAGACAGACUCUGCCUGAUUUUCCAAAGAGAUUUGAUCCUGUUUCUUGUGUCCUGGGAAGAGAGGGAUUCUCCUCUGGGAGACACUACUGGGAGGUGAAGGUGGGAGAGAAGACUGCCUGGGAUAUAGGUGUCGCCAAAGAGUCCAUCAACAGGAAGGGGAAGAUUAUACUGAGUCCCAGUAACGGUUACUGGACAAUAUGGCUGACAAAUGCAAAUGAGUUUAAAGCUGUAGCUAACCCUCCUGUCCACCUGCCCCUGAGCCUGAAGCCCCAGAAGGUGGGGAUAUACUUGGAUUAUGAGGAGGGACAGGUCUCCUUUUACAAUGUGGAGACCAGGAAUCACAUCUACACUUUCACUGACACCUUCACUGAGAAACUCUACCCAUUCUAUUACCCUGGUCUCACAGAUGGUGGUAAAAACAGAAAUCCACUGAUCAUCUCUCCUGUCAGUCACACAGACUGAACAUGAAAUUGGUAUUUUAAGAUAAUUAUGUUUGCAUUAAUACGAAUUAACUGCUUUUAUGAAAUGAAUGCUUCACUGCUGUAAUUUGGCAUUGUAAUGUGGAAUCAUUUAUAAUUAUUAGACUGCUUUGUAGGAAAGAUGAUAAACGAAGCCCUAGAUGUGGUUUGUGGUGUGUGUGGCUGAGGGAUGAGGUGUACAAGGGCUUUGAUCUGUCCUACUUUCACACAGCCCAAAGCCUCAGAAGAUGGGGGUGUAUGUGGAUUUUGAAGAGGGACAGAUCUCCUUUCACAAUGUGGAGAUCAGGAAUCACAUCCAUACUGUCGCUGAUACCUUCGCUGAGAAACUACAUUCACUCUAUUGUCCUGGUCUCAAUAAGGACCAAACUCCACCCAGUUGAUCACCUCUUUCUGAGAGUCCCACACAUUGAAUGUAUAUAUAUAUUUCUUCUAUAAACAAAAUCCAGGCUGUCUUUGCUCAUCGAUGUGAAUAUGAUGCUUGUUCCUGUGGAUGAUUCUGGCAUGAGAAUCCAAGCACCUCUGUACUUUCAGUUCUGAAUGUUCUGAAGCCUUUGAAAGUGUCAGUAUGAAAUUUACAUACAACAUAUGUAACAGCUUUGCAAUAAACCUCUUUUAAGUUUGUG